AUGAUGAGCAAUCACACAAGUGCCACUGAAUUUUGUCUCCUUGGCUUCCCUGGCUCUGAGGAACUACACCAUAUCCUCUUUGCUACCUUCUUCCUCUUCUACUCAGUGACAUUAAUGGGAAACACGGUCAUCAUUGUGAUUGUUUGUGUUGAUAAACGUCUACAGUCCCCCAUGUAUUUCUUCCUUGGUCACCUCUCUGCCUUGGAGAUCCUGACCACAUCCAUUAUCAUCCCUGUCAUGCUUCGGGGGUUUCUGCUCCCCGGGAUGCAGACAAUAUCUCUGGCUGGAUGUGUUGCACAGCUCUUCCUGUACCUUGCUGUGGGGACCACAGAGUUUGCAUUACUGGGAGUGAUGGCUGUGGACCGUUAUGUGGCUGUCUGUAACCCUUUGAGGUACAACAUCAUUAUGAACAGUCACACCUGCAUCUGGGUGGUAAUUGUGUCAUGGGUGUUUGGGUUCCUUUCUGAAAUCUGGCCAGUUUAUGCCACGUUUCAGCUGACCUUCCACUUCACCUUUGUUGUGAUUGGUUAUGGCAGCUGCCUGUUCCUCUAUGUGAAACCCAAUCAAAGGCAGGCAGCCCAGUACAAUAAGAUAGUUUCCCUGCUGAUUUCUGUGGUAACUCCUUUCCUGAACCCUUUCAUCUUCACUCUCCGGAAUGACAAAGUCAAAGAGGCCCUUAGAGAUAGUGUGAAACACUGCUAUCAACUUUUCAAAGAUUAA